AAAAUUAAUGCUAAAUUUAAAAAAUUAUACCUGGCAGCAUUGUUAGGGCGCACCGCAAAAAAGCCGACAGUAGAAUAAAAAAUUGUAAAUAAAAAUUAUAAAUGAACAUUGAAUAUUUAAAUUAUUUUCUACUUUGAUGUCCAGCAAGCGUAAAGAUCCUUGUAAGGCAAACGCAUGUAAAAUACAGGCUUGCUUGAGUGAAAAUCACUAUCAAGAGAGCAAGUGCUUGGAGGUGCUGGAACAAAUGCGUCUAUGUUGCCUAAAGUGGCAUAAAGAGUCAAAUUGUUGUUCAGGAAUAAUUUUAGAAAGAAGUUACCUCGUUGACAAAGACGAACAAAAACAGAAGUCAUAAAGGCAUAUAUAUUAAAUUUACUGUAAUAAAAGGCAUUUCUAUUUCAGUGAAUAAUGCAAAAACCUUCUAUUCCGCCCUACAAAUUGUCAGCUGAAAUACAAGAAAGAAUAAAACAGUUGCAACAACAAACCCAACAAGAGAGUGGACAACGUCGCCGUACAGCAGUGCUGCCAAAACGCACUUGGAUUCAACGUAAUCCACGACUUUUUCAAAUAACCUUUAUCACCACAUCUUUGUUGGUGUUUUUUUCAAAGCCUUUGUACGACGCCUUCAUCGCCGAUCCCGUACCGCCACCAAAAGGCGGAGCACCGCCAGGUCACAGACGUUAAGUAAACAACUAAAGAGCAGUAAAAUUCGAACAAUAUCAGCAAGUAAGAUCAACAGCUUGUGUAAUAAUUAAAGGAAUGGAAUCAGUGCGCAAAGCUAAGCAGAGACUACGCAAUUAUCCCGUGCUACUGGGCAAAUGCGCUGAUAAGGCAGCUGUUUAUGCGGCAUGUGUGACACGAGAUUUAAAUGUGCAGCAUCACAUUUGCGAUAAAGAAUACAAGCAGUUCAGUGAAUGUUUACAGAAAGCAGCAAAAGAAAUGAAAACGAAAUUGUAAAACGUAUGUACUUGUAAAUGCUGGUUUCUUAUAAAUGGAAAUUUUUCCUAUAAACUAUU